AUGGAUAUUGAAAGAGUUUUCAUGAGUUGUUACAAGAUCGAGGAGCAGCCUGAUGAUAUUUUCAACUUGAUCGAAUUAGCUCUGCGUGUUGGUGCAUUCAAGUAUCAGCCACAGUUCGAAAAGCGCAAAGCCAGAAUAAUCAAGUUCCUGAUGAAUCCCUCGAUAACAUCAACUGAUGAUGAUGAUGAUGAUGAUGAAGAAGAAAAAGAGGUUAUCGAGGACAAUGUUGGUGAUCAAGAUGACGUGACCAGCAUUGAAGAGCCUGAGAAAGAAGAAGAAGAUGGGUUAGGAACACAACAAAGAACUGCAGAAAGCAACAAACCCUUGGUGACGAAGAUUAGAAUAGUCAUCCGCAAGUCUGUAUGUUAUGGAUCAGCCAGCCCAAUUUGUUCCACUGUACAAGUUGCUCCUGCGGAGAAACAGAACAAUUGCAGUGCAAUAACAGAAAGCAGCACAGAGUUGAAGAAAACUGACUUGGUUCAACAAUUGGAUAAACAAGGAACACCACACUCCCAUAAUAGUACUACUAUGCCAUCAAGAAAGAGGAUGAAAGAGUCCACCAAACGAGUACAAGUUGCUCCUCCUCGUGUAAGACUUCUUUCUGAUUUAUCUUUCGAGAAGCACCUUGACAGAGACAAGCAGAGCCACAAAGGUUUCAAGAAGAUGGAGAGUGAUUAUCACACAGAAAAUAAGAGAGAAGAAGGAGCACAAAAGACCCAUACCCAAUGCAGGAGAAAAGAGUGCACCACUGGUUCAACAAAUAGUACUGCUACUGUUUUGUUAUUUGGGUUGAAGUUUGUUCCAAUUGGUGCUUUCAUGGCUUUGGACUCCAUGGAUACUUCUAAGAAAUCGGAUGGUGCUGUACCGUCGGACUCGUCGACGGAACUUUCUCUUUUAUCAACUCGUGUGGACAACUUGACUCAGUUAGUGCAGGAUUUUAUCUCCACGGUGGCUGUUCAGUCAGCGGUUGUUGAUCCUGUUCAUCCAAGGCAGGCGGCUGUGUGUUUAUCUCCUGGAUCUAACUCUUCUGGUCCGCUCACAAUCCGACACAAACCAGCGGCGGUGGCACUUAGUCGUUUUAAGGGUCAAAAUGUUGAGGCAUGGUUGUUUCAAGCUGAGCGUUAUUUUGAGUUUUAUUCCAUUCUACCAAUUCAUCAACUUUCCUUGGCAUCGUUCUAUUUGGAUGGUGAGGCUCUCGAUUGGUAUCGCUGGAUGUUUCGCAACAAGCAACUCUUUGAUUGGCCACAUUUUGCUGAGAAGCUCCGUCUCCGAUUUCGGGAUAUAUCAUUGCGCUCUCCGGAGGGCAGACUUUCGAAGCUUGUACAAACGUCCACUGUGGCGGAGUUUCGCGCCCGGUUCGAGGCGAUAUCUAAUGAAACAAUACACUUGCCAGAUGAGUUUUUGGUUAGGUGUUUUAUUUCGGGCCUUCGGUCAGAUAUUCAAGAUGAAGUCGCUAUUAGAGAACCCACAUCUCUAGAAGAGGCUAUACGUUUAGCUAAUAUGUAUGAGCAGAAGUUGAAUUACGCUAAAAGUCCAGUUCGUCCUGCUUUUGCGAGAACUCAACCCCUUUUGCCCAACCCUACAACACCAUCUCCUUUAAUUCUGUCUAAGCCAACUGCUCCAUCAUCUGCCUUUCCCAAAAUUCCCUUCAAGCGCCUGACGGCCUCCGAGAUCCAGGCUAGACGAGACAAAGGGCUCUGCUACAAUUGUGAUGAGAAAUACACUAUUGGCCACAAGUGCAAGGCACUUCCUCAAUUCCUGCUUUUGGAGGAGUCUUCUGAAUCCUCAAUCGAGUUGCCAGACUCUUUUUGUCCUGAGGAUUUCCUAGCUGAAGAACUUCAAUGUUUAGAGGUUCAAGCUCAUUCUACUAUAUCAUAUCAUGCCUUGUCCGGUGGUACUUCUCACGCUACUCCUCGCUUUCAUGGCCAUGUCCGCGGUUCCCCUGUGCAAGUAUUCGUUGAUGGGGGAAGCACUGAUAACUUUGUGCAAGCACGAGUUGCCAAAUUUCUGAAUCUGUCUAUUGAGCCCGCACCUCCUUUUUCGGUGGUGGUUGGCAGUGGUCAGCGUCUUCGCUGUGAUGGGGUGGUACGACAAGUCCCUUUGUCGAUCCAGGGGUGUAACCUUGUGGUUGACUUAUAUGUUCUCUCGCUACAUGGUGCAGAUAUUGUUUUAGGGGUAUCUUGGUUGAGUUCGUUGGGGCCAAUUCUACAAGAUUACUCUCAACGUCUCUUUGAGUUCUCCCUUAAGGGACAAAAGUACAGCUGGAUUGGAGAGCCUUCUGAUAAGGCUCAACCUGUGCAAUUACACACAUUACGACGACUUUCUGAAACUGAGGCGGUGUCCUCUUACUUUUGCCUCCGGCUGGUUACGCGUGAGAGUCUUGGUCCGCCUCCUUAUCCUCCUGAUAUGGACUCACUUUUUGCUUCAUAUGAAGAUGUGUUUUGCAAACCACAAGGUUUACCUCCAGCACGCGAGCUAGAUCAUGCUAUCCAUCUCAAUCCAGGGUCAGGACCUGUUAAUGUUAAACCCUACAGGUAUCCCUAUUUUCAGAAGAACAUCAUGGAACAAUUGGUUGCUAAUAUGCUCACUGAUGGAAUAAUUCGGCCUAGCACUAGUCCUUUUUCCUCACCUGUUUUAUUAGUUCGAAAGAAGGAUGGCACAUGGCGAUUUUGUGUGGACUAUCGUGCCUUGAACAUUAUUACUGUGAGAGAUCGAUUCCCUAUUCCAACUAUUGACGAACUUUUUGAUGAAUUACAUGGCGCAAUUUUUUUUUCUAAGUUGGAUUUGCUCUCUGGCUACCAUCAGAUACGUGUUCGUCCUGAGGAUGUGGCAAAAACGGCUUUUCGCACUCAUGAAGGACAUUAUGAAUUUCUUGUGAUGCCAUUUGGCUUGUCUAAUGCUCCUUCUACAUUUCAAGCUACAAUGAAUUCGAUUUUUCGGCCAUUACUUCGUCGCUGUGUUUUGGUAUUCUUUGAUGACAUCUUGGUUUAUAGCCAGACUUGGGGACAUCACUUGCAGCACCUUACUCAAGUUCUCCAGAUUCUUCGGGAACACAAAUUUGUGGCUAAAUGUUCUAAAUGCUUAUUUGGGCAGCCUCAAAUUGACUAUCUUGGUCAUGUCAUUUCCAGCAAGGGGUUAGCAGUUGACCCUUCUAAAAUAUCAGUUAUUCAGCAGUGGCCAAUUCCCACAAAUAUUAAGAGGGUACGGAGUUUCUUAGGACUCGCUGGUUACUAUAGGCGCUUCAUUAAGAAUUAUGCCACAAUUGCUAGUCCUUUGACUGAUUUACUCAAAAAAGUGUCUUUCAAGUGGGGAGAUGCCGCACAACUGGCAUUUGAGACUUUGAAGAACAAGCUGAGUUGCACUCCAGUCUUGGUGUUACCAGACUUCACACAGGAAUUUCACGUGGAGACUGAUGCUUCAGGCGUCGGUGUGGGGGCUGUCUUGUCCCAGCGAGGCCAUCCUAUCGCAUUUUAUAGCCAGAAGUUGUGCCCUCGAAUGCAAAAAGCUUUCACCUACCAUCGCGAGAUGUAUGCCAUUACUCAAGCUGUUGGUAAAUGGCGGCAGUAUUUAUUAGGACGGCGUUUCACAAUUGUUACUGACCAACAAUCACUCAAAAAUCUGACUGAUCAAGUUAUUCAGACGCCGGAGCAACAACAAUGGUUAGGGAAGUUGGUUGGGUUUGAUUUUCAUAUUGUGUAUCGCCCUGGGAAGCUUAAUAGGGUUGUUGAUGUCCUUUCUCGACCUGUUGAAGGGACUUUAAAUGCCUUAUCUAUUCGAACUUUUGACUGGAUUGAUGAAAUUCGAAUGGCCACUCAAUUUCAUCCAGAAUUGCUUGCCAUUAAACAUGGCAUUGAGCAACAGACUGCUACCGACUCCGAUUAUGUCCUUCGAGAAGGAUUAUUAUUUUUCAAAGGAAGACUAGUUAUCCCAUCUGAUUCCCCAGUAUGCAUCCGUCUAUUACAAGAAUUUCAUUCUUCACCUAUUGGGGGACACGCUGGGAUCGCUCGUACUUUUCAUCGUCUCUCAUCUAAUUUUUAUUGGCACCAUAUGCGGCGAGAUGUGCGAGUUUUUGUUACUGCUUGUCAAGUGUGUCAACAAAUGAAGGACAUGAAUCGCAGCCCUGCCGGCCUGCUGCAACCAUUGCCUAUACCGAACGUGGUGUUUGAGGAGAUCGCUAUGGACUUCAUCACUUGCCUUCCGAGUUCUAAGGGUAAGGCGACAAUCAUGACUAUUGUAGACCGCUUGUCAAAAUAUGGGCAUUUUAUCCCAUUGCCAUCCACGUUCACCGCACAUUCUGUUGCAUUAGCUUUUGUAGCCAAUGUCAUUAAACUACAUGGACCUCCGCGCGUUAUCGUAACUGACAGGGAUCCGAGAUUUCUUCACUCGUUCUGGCAGGAAAUUAAUAGACUCCAAGGCACCUCUCUGGCUAUGAGUACAGCGUAUCACCCGCAAACUGAUGGCCAAUCUGAAGCCUUGAACAAGUGCAUUGAACAAUAUUUGAGGUGUUUUGUUUCGGAGAGUCCUCACGAGUGGGUACCAAUGCUAUCUUGGGCUGAAUUUUGGUACAACACCGCCUUUCAUUCGUCUGCCGGAGUGACACCUUUUCAAGUAUUGUAUGGGCGGGAGCCUCCUACUAUUUCUCGUUAUGUGUUGGGCAGUGCUGCAGAUGAUUUAGUCGAGAAGUACAUGCUGAAGAGAGAUGAUGUUUUGGUGCUACUUAAGAACAACUUGUCGAAGGCUCAAAUUCGUAUGAAAUUAUAUGCUGAUGCUCGUCGAACGGAUUUGCAACUGGAAGUUGGUGAUUGGGCGUUUGUGAAGCUCAAGCCUUACAGGCAGCUUUCUCUCCGUUUGCAGCACCACCACAAACUCGGCCGGAAGUACUUUGGUCCUUAUCGAGUGCUGAAACGAAUUGGCUAUGUUGCAUACAAACUUGAUCUGCCAGCUGAUGCACGAAUUCACCCAGUCUUUCAUAUUUCUAUGCUCAAGAAAUGUGUGGGAACGCCUGCUGAACAAGUGACACCCCUGCUUCAGGUUCCUGUCGAAGAUCAACACCCACCGAACCUUGAGGACAAGGUUCUCGAUUGGGAGGGAAGUAUUGUUAUGGAUCAGCCAGCCCAAGUCAGUAGGGAAAUUGAGAAUGGGCCUGAGACAAUUAGGAAAAGCCAACGAAUUAAACAGCCCAACAAGAAGCUACAAGACUAUAUCCUAGGCUAA